GUUUUCGGGCAGGAUUCGUAAGGACCAAUCGACAUUGUUGCUCCUUAGUAUUAUAAAUAUUCUAAAUGUCACUGACCGACCGAGUAUUCCCACAAAUAGUGUUCCUACAUACUCAUAGUAUGCAUGUAAAAUUAGCGUCUGAUCCCAGCUAAAAUGAAAAAAAAAACAAGUGUUUAUAAAUAAAACGCACAUGGCACGCUUCACGAAAUCACUGGAUGUACGCAUAUUCAAAAUAGUUCGCUGAUUCGCUUUGUGUUUACAAAUAUAUCGUUCGCAAUCUAUUAUUCCUUCGCUGACCUUUGUUAUGUGCAUAUCAUCAGUUGUGUCCGGUUAAUCUUCUUUAUUGUGUAUAGUGUGGCACGAUGUUACCGGUGAAGUCAUAAUGUGUGUCGUACGAAAAUAGAAAUACAGUGUUUACAGGAAAAUAGUAUCAAUAACAAAAGUGUUGUGGUUUGUUAUCGAACGGAAAUGGCGGCUAAAUCGCCCACAACUAGUGUGAAGUCGCGGGAGAUCAUCGGCGGCGACCAGUUCAGUCAACGGCGCGAGGUUUUCGAAAAACACGACACGGUGUUCCUGCCCUUGCCGUCACCUACGACCCCGACACCGACCUAUAGAGAGGUCGAGCCAAUUAUAACGUCCAAUCACGGUAAAACCACUUCGAACUUCAAACGAAACACUGCUGGCUAUUCCAGUAUGCGCGAAACGAGGAGCGAGGAUCGCAACCAUUACGAUUUUCGACCACGAAAAUAUUCCGACAACUUUACAUCGGACCUAAAUCAAAGUGAUGAUGCAGACUACAGGUACAGUACUGCCGAACGAACGAGGCGACUUUCUAAAAUGCGAAGAGAUUUUCUAACUUCAAAUCUGCACGAGCCAACUGAUAGUCCAUUCACUCGAACCGGCGUUCGCGCCUCGAUGCCCGCUAAAAGCGUGAACGUAACAAGUUACAAAAUCGAAAGUCCUAAAAUUUAUAAAUUUCCUUUCGCCGAACCGUAUACUACACCGACGCCAGUUCGGCGUAUUAUAAUCGAUUUGGGACCAACGGAUGACGAAGAUGUUCAAGAUGGAAAAGAAAAUCACGUGCCACAAGAAAGAAGAAAAUAUCAAAGCUUGCCCAAUGAGGAGAGCUCACCAAAAAUUGAUCGACAAAAAUUAUUUGAAGAACUUGUCAAAAGAUAUUCUCCACAACGUAAACCUGUGGAUUGGACUCUGCCGCCAACGAGACCGAAAGUCGUGGGUUCAGUUCCAAAGUCGACAUCGAGUGCAGCAGAUAGUGUCGAUAGUACGGAUAACAUAGACAAGGAUGAUGUAUUUGAAAAGAAAGAAACUGAGGAACCAAAGACAACAUCAAAUGAAGUCGAAAAGGAAAAAGUACCGGAAGUUCAACCACAUAUUGAAAUUUUACACAACGGUCCGGAAAAGGUACAGGAAAAUAAUAAUGUUUCCGAACAAAAAGAUCAAUCAAAGAAUUCCCUAGUAGAGGAGAAUGACUAUGUUCCCGAAUUAUCACCUAUAAAAAGGCAAUUAAGCAGAGAAUCAGCUAAAAGACCACCUAAGGAUGCAAUAGUAGAUUUAACCAUUCCAGCGUUGAUCGACAAAAUGAACACCGAAGGUGAAAACUUGGAACACCAAAAGAGUAACGGUAAAAAAGUUAAAAGAAAAAGAAGUUUCCUUGAUAAACUUCUUGGACGCAAUAAAGGAGUUAAAAGUGACAAGUGAUAACGGUCGAUGUGAUAUCGUUUGCCAAAGAUAACUGCAAUCCUGUACGGUUGGUCGAAGCACAUGACGUCGGUUUGCCUUAUCGCUGUUAAGGUAUCAAAUGGAAUAUUACAUAGUAUUUUCAGUAAAAGAAACAAUUAGGUAUCGAUAUAUGUAUAAAACUAAUGAAGGUCAUACUUCCUGCACGCUAUCUUAAUGCAUUGGUAGGUUAUCGUGAAGAGAUAAGGAAAAGUGGCAUGUGACACCCUUUCUGCUAAAUUUCGAUUAGAGUAUUAGGUAACCAAUUAUACUAAUUACUUAAAUGUAUAAAUUUUAUCAACCUAAAGGUGUUAUUGUUAUUUAUAAAUCAUGCAUCUGUGUGAUGAUGUUUUGUAUAAAAUAUGAUUAAUGCUGUUAUGCAAAUAAUUGUUACCGAAACUAAUUAUUAUUAAAUAUAAUAUAUAUAUAUAGUUUUACUUUUAUUUUAUUAAUUGAUUUUUUUAUAUUCGUUAACAUAAUAUGUUCCUAAAAUGACAAAAUGUGUAGGAAAUACUUUGCAUAAUAAAAUUGUUAUUUAAAAUA